AAAUUCUACCAAAUCCUAAUUCCAAAGCACCAAUUUCGUCAUUCACCAACAAAUAUAUGUGUGUAUAUAUAUAUAUAUAUUUUUUUCUUCUUCUACUCCACUUAUUCCCAUUCGCCACGCCCAACUCCACAACGCCAAAUUCAAGUUUACCAACCUUAUUGUUUAUUUGUUCGAGAAUUAGAGAGUUUUUUUGAAUACCCAUGGCUUCGAAGCGGAUUAAUAAGGAGUUGAAAGAUCUGCAGAAGGACCCUCCUGCAUCUUGCAGUGCUGGCCCUGUUGGUGAUGAUAUGUUCCACUGGCAAGCAACAAUUAUGGGCCCAGCAGACAGUCCUUUUGCUGGAGGACUAUUUCUUGUUUCCAUUCACUUCCCCCCAGACUAUCCAUUCAAGCCUCCCAAGGUUUCUUUCCGAACAAAGGUUUUCCAUCCCAACAUCAACAGCAAUGGAAGCAUCUGUCUUGACAUUCUCAAGGAGCAGUGGAGCCCUGCCCUUACCAUAUCCAAGGUGCUGCUUUCAAUAUGCUCACUUCUCACAGAUCCAAAUCCUGAUGACCCUCUGGUGCCUGAGAUUGCUCACAUGUAUAAGACUGAUAGAGCCAAAUAUGAGAGCACUGCUCGCUCAUGGACUCAGAAAUAUGCAAUGAAUUAAGGGUCGGUCAGGCUUAGGAUGCUAUGUUUGAUACCUUUUACUAAAUAAUAGUAGUAAUAACUUUUGUCGUUUGGAUACUUUGAUAAAGUGGUGGUGUGGUGUAAUAAGCUCUAAAGUCUUUCAGAGGGUAAUUUUUUUCCAAUCAAGGUACUUAAAAUUACUAUUAUAAAUAUAUUCGACAGUUCUUAUA